AUGCACAAAGUUCUGGUGCUCAAGGAUUCUGGAACUCACCGUUUCGCUUGUCUGGCACUUUACCGUGCACUUCUCCGGCAGUGCGGUGCUUCGACUGCAGAGGCCCCGUGGCUCGGAGAAUCUAAGCCUCUUAUUCAACAGAAUUUCCGAAAAUUUAGAAAGCUGCAGAGCCCUUCACAAACAGCAAAUGCCUUGAAGGCAGGCUACGAGGCUCUGGAUCUUCUCUUUUCAGCCCAUACUAAUCAAAGUGACGCCCACCGGAUCACAAGCCUCAUCGCUCAAGCCAUGUCACAAAGAGAGAAAUUCGCUGCAUUGCAAAAUAGAAGUCGACCAGUACCAACAUCCCCUAAACCUCUUACGCCCCGACAGGCGCGGAAAGCAGAGUCAAUUCGCUUCCAAGAGGAAACAUCUCAGCGACAUCCAAAUGCCACCUCCAUCUUGAACCGACCCCGUCCGUUGGGCGACAAGAAGCGCAAAGUACCAGUACUUGUCAAUGCACGAGGUCUGCCUUUUUUGCGAUACAAAAAGCCACAACCGAGAAAUGUUAGCAGUGUGAUACGGACAAAACUCGAGCGUCGCUGGGCGUGGAUCGAACGGCGAGACAUGCUGAAACUCGAUUUGGUCUUCGCCCAGGAUGAAGAGGAUUGGGAUAACCUUACCAAUACCAAGACUGAGGAGCAUCCUACUUGGACUGAACAUUGCAAGACUGCUUUAAGGGAUGUCAACACACAAAUCUCUCAAUUUGAUAACAAUGCCAAAAACCUUGCAGAGAAAAUGUGGGCAAUUGUUCUUGCUGAGAAGGCUUUGGCAGAAGAAGAAGAGACAAUCCAAAGGCAGCCAACGCAGUGA